AUGUCGACGGUUGAUUUUGUUUCAGUUUUAACAGCUCUGAGAUUUUUAGCAGCAGGAAGUUAUCAGUUAGAUGUUGGGGAAAAUAAACAUUCUUCAGUUAGUCAACCAUCGGUUAGCCGAAUAAUUGAAGAAUUUGUUAAUGCUAUGAAUAACCCAAGUAUUUUUGAAAAAUAUGUUUAUUUUCCCAGAAACUUUGAGGAAUUUUACAAUAAGUAUUCAUUCCCCGGAACUAUUGGAGUAAUUGAUUGCACGCAUGUUGCAAUUGUGCCACCUAAAACUGAGGACAACUUGUACCCAGAGCAUAUUUAUAUAAAUAGAAAGGGAUACCAUUCUAUCAACACUCAACUGAUAUGUGAUGCAGAUUUAAAAAUAAUAAAUGUAUCUGCUAAGUUCCCGGGUUCUGCGAACGAUGCUUGUGUUUGGAACUCUAGCAAUUUAAAAACAUUUCUAAUGGACCUUCACGAAAAUGGUCAUGCAUCGUACUUCUUAUUAGGUGAUUCAGGAUAUGCCCUUCGUCCUUGGUUAAUGACUCCGUACUUGGAUCCUGCUCCACUAUCCCCCGAAGCUUCUUACAAUAAUGCAUUUUGUUCAAUUAGAUCAACAAUUGAACGAUGCAUUGGUGUUCUGAAAAUGCGAUUUCGAUGUCUAUUGAAACAUAGAGUGCUUCAUUAUACGCCAAAUAAAGCAUCCAAAAUAAUUAACACAUGUGUUGUUUUGCAUAACAUGUGUAUUACAGACAACGUGCCAUUGGUUGAUGUUGAUGAAGAUGAGAUCUUUGACUUUGGUAUUUAUCAGACACUGGAUGAAACUUUAUUGAAUAAUAGAGGAAUGGUCGACUUAAGAAAUCCUGAAUUAUCUAGUGGACGACAUAUUCGAGACCAAAUUGUUCAAACUUUAUUCAAUAAUUAA